AUGGUCGACACGCACAUGACCUUCCGAAGGCUCAUGCAGGAGCGGGGCGUCACCGCGGUCUCGGGCGAGGUGUCGUUCCACACCUCCGGCGUGCCCUGCCUCUCCUGCGUGGGCGUGGCCACCCAGUUCAAGCGCUGCUACCCCCAAGUGGCCUUCAACUUCACGUUCUCGCCGCGGGAGGUGGUCGAGGGCCCCGACGUGGCGGUCGCGGUGGCGCCCCACACGCCCCGGCUCGUCCCGGGUGCGCCCUCGGACGGCGCCGCCGGCAAGGGCAAGGGCAAGGCGGCCGCCUCCGCGGAGCCGCCCGUGGAUAAGAGGGGCCCUGGGGAAGCCCCUCGGCCUCCCAAAUGA